CUGAUUAAAUAUUGGAUUUCGGCCAAUGUAAUCUUUUACUGUAUUUCAAGGGCUUUCCUGGAAGCUGCCUGCCGACGUUCAGCACCUGGCUCACCGGUUAACAAGGCUUCGGAUCCAAACGUUCUAGAAGUGAAUACAGCGAUAGAAAGGGACAAGAACGAGAGAAGAUCUAAAUCACAAACUGGGGCUGUCAAAGAAAAUAACGUAUUCGACAACAACAAUGAAAAACAAUCCAAUCAAAGGAAACGUUCAUCCAUAAAGGUCAAAUGUGAUAACGCUGAUCGUUCAACUGAUCGCGAGAAACGAGCUGCAGAAAUCCUGAUGAAAGGAAAAAGGAGCAGUCGAUUGUUAGGGAAUUCGGCCCGAAGAGAAAGUCCGAAGUUCGUGGAUAAUAAACAAUAA